CUGCAGAGAGGCUUCUAGUCGUGAUGGUAAUCUGCCACAGUUGGUUUGGCAGCGCACAGGACAGGAGAGGAGGUUUUACGCACAAAUCCAACUCUCGAUCAUAAGCAUUUGGCAGACUUGUCUAAGAGAGGAAAAGCCUGUUCUCAUGGUGGGUCCUUCAUCUGACCGUCGAGGAGAGCGCUGGAAGUAAAGUGCUGGUUGAUUGAAUGUCACCUCCAGUCACCAUGGAUUACGGACGGACUAUGGCCCCCCCGGUGCCCCCUCACAACCCGAGUCCGGCCCGGCCAGGGCAACCGCAGGAACGGCUGCUGAAGUGCGUCCUGCUCGGCGACGGAGCAGUGGGCAAAACCAGUCUGGUGGUCAGCUACACAACGAAUGGCUACCCAACCAAAUACGUCCCUACUGCAUUUGAUGACUUUUCAGCUGUGGUUCAGGUGGAUGGAAACCCAGUUAGACUACAGUUAUGUGACACUGCAGGACAGGAUGAGUUUGACAAACUCCGCCACUUUUGCUACAGUCGGACCGAUGCCCUGCUGCUCUGCUUCAGUGUGGUCAGCCCAGCUUCCUUUCAAAACGUCUGGGAGAAGUGGGUCCCAGAAAUCCGCCGUCGUUGCCCUCUCACGCCCGUCCUCCUCGUUGGCACACAGUGUGACUUGCGACAGGACGUCAAGGUGCUGAUUGAGCUGGCGAGGCGGCGGGAGAGGCCAGUGCUAGAGGAAGACGCCAGAGCUCUGGCAGACAAAAUCGGGGCAGUGACAUAUGUCGAGUGCUCGGCACUCACACAAAAGAAUCUGAAGGAGGUGUUCGAUGCAGCUAUUGCUGUGGGGCUGCGGCAGUCUGACAGGAGAGUCCGGCGGGAGAGGAAGGUCCGCAGCACAGCUGAUAAGAUGAAGAUGCUCUCAAAGUCCUGGUGGAAAAAGUAUGUGUGCGUCCAGUAGGGAAUGAGGAGACAGUUUUCCUGUGACUGAUGAUAAAACUGGAACUUGUUCAGGGGGACUGAGUUGGACGUAAGGACUUGUUUUCAUGCUCACAUGGAGGACCCCACACGUGUCCCAAAAUGACUUUAAUGGAGCAACAGUUCAACAGAGGCAGAGCGUGUCUACCGAGCUGUAGUGGUUACAGGUUUGGCAGAAAAACAUCUCUUGCUGAUUUCUUGAUGCCUGAAAGACUGAGAGCGUAACCACUGUCUGCUCCUCAGAGCCAGUUUGAACUGUUAAUAUGACUUUGACCAGCAUUCAACCAAAACUUAUGGAGCUAAUAAAAUUUUAUGGCACAUGGAACUGCAUAUCAAACUGGACAUGUCCAAAGGAAAUAUGAGCUGACUCAGAGGGGAGGUGUUCAGACAGUGAUGUUAUGUACUAAAAGUAUACUCCUCCUCCUUUUUGUCUGAUUUGGUACUGUUCUUUAACAAACUAUAUCAUUUUGUUUUCUACACUGUAAUUCAUCUCCCACCACCACUGAAAUCAAAGCAUUAAGUCUAUAUAAACUGAUCAGCUUAAAUCCUCAAAUCAAAGAUGCAAUUAUUCCACUGUUGAAAAUCAAAGCCAGUCCUGCACCUUGUUUUUUUAAAUCAGAGAAAUCUACAACUCCAAUGACAAAAGAGUAAAAUCUGCAUCUGAUCAGAUUUAUUAUAACUUGUCUCUUGGAUUACAAUCAAAUGUAUAUGAGUAUAAUUUUUUAUGAAAAUCUAUGAGUCUUUGAGGGAAUGUACAGCUGGUUAGAGCGAUACAUGUUGUACUUCUUCUAGUUGGGAUUUCUGUACACCAGCCUGUGUCUGUGCCACAUUUUGAAAUGUUGAUACAGCUGUCUCAUUGUUAGUCGAGUCACACAGUAAGAGGUCUUCAAGCUCCUCACCAAUACACACCUACUGGAUUGAUGCCACAAAACAUUAAUCAAAUAAUAAAAUGCCUAUGCAGGAUAUUAAACUAAAUAUGUCUGCUGUAGGUUUUGGUAAGCUUAGAAGUUUCAGUUGUUCACUUUGACUGAAACCUUAAAUGUUUUUCAGAACGUUUCGUCAUUAUUACAAGGUUGCAGCAAUAAGUUGGGUGGUGCCACUGUACAUUGCACUUAUCGCACAGUCCAAAUACAUCACUGCCAUGCAAUGGCCUUUGGACCAGUGGUGUGAAAACUUAAGAACUGGGUACAUAAUGAGUGUGUACCUCCUUAAUUUUCUUUUAAAACAAGAUGUCAAAGCAGGUAAAGCAUCAUCAAAGUUGGACGUUAAUCAGUACCUGCAAUACACCACUGGGUCUUUCUUCAUUGUCAUUAUAGUGAGGUCCUUAAACAGAUAAUUAUCAGUUUUUGUUGGUCAGUAUAUUGGAGCUCGCUCCUCUUCUGAAAUUAUGCAGUAAAUGAGGUGAAACCACCAAAGAGACUGAUUCUAUGUUUGCUUCUUAUUUUUCAGAAGCCUGUCAUUCAGCUCUGUCUAUUUAUCAGUUCCUUCUGGGCCAAUAACUGAUCGUCAGCAAUACAGAGCAGACGUAUGAAAUAUUGUAUUGUCAUUAUGUAUGUUACAUAGCACACAUUUAUGAUGUUUGUAAUGUCAUCAAGAUAAAUCUGUGUACAUAUAUAAUUGACUCAGUCAUGUACAGUGCCUGAAUGGUACUUAAUGGUAUGAGUGUUUCAGUUGGUGUCUGAGCAGUUUGCUGAGCUGUAUGAGGAACAAAAUAAAAAUGUGAAAUAUUUAACCGGU